AUGUUCAAGAAAGUGUUCCAGAAGAAACCGCAAGAUGUGUACACCACCAGCGAGGCACCUAGAGAAUCGGUAUCUACUACCGAUCGUGAGAAAGGACAUGGCGAUUUCGUGGACACUCCUAUCCCGCUCUUCACCAUUCGCUCGUUCAUCAUGGGCAUUUUCGUGUCCAUGGGCGGCUUCCUUUUCGGUUAUGAUACGGGUCAGAUCUCCGGUUUUUUGGAUAUGAAGAAUUUCAUUCGGCGCUAUGGUGAGCCGAGCUCUGAUGGGACCUACCAAUUCAGCAAUGUGCGCUCGGGUCUUAUCGUUGGUCUGUUAUCCAUCGGUACUCUGAUCGGAGCCUUGGUCGCAGCCCCAAUCGCUGAUCGCGUGGGACGGAAAUGGUCUAUCAGUGGCUGGUGUGUGAUCCUUUGUGCCGGCGUCACCGUUCAGAUUUCCUCCCCUGUCCCCAAAUGGUAUCAAGUGGCACUGGGCCGCUGGACCGCGGGCCUUGGCGUUGGGGCGCUGUCCCUGCUGGUGCCAAUGUACCAGGCCGAGUCAGGACCAAGACACAUUCGAGGUUCGUUGAUUAGCACGUACCAGCUUUUCAUCACUCUCGGAAUCCUCGUUGCCAACUGCAUCAACUUCGGAACCGAGGCCCGCACUGAUACCGGAUCGUGGCGCAUCCCCAUGGGAAUUACCUACCUCUGGGCCAUUAUCCUCGGUGUUGGCAUGGUUUUCUUCCCUGAAAGUCCUCGAUAUGACUACCGUCACAAUAAAGUGGACGCUGCCGUGACCAACCUCGCCAAGAUCUACGGAGUUCCUCGGAACCACCGUGCCCUGAAAAUCGAAUUUGAAGAGAUCAAGGAAAAGUACGAGGAAGAAGUUCGCAAUGGCAAGGUCGGCUGGGUGAAGUUCUUCAAGGCACCGACAAUGUGGAAACGAGUCCUGGUCGGUGUUUCCCUCCAAGCUCUGCAGCAGCUGACAGGUGCCAACUACUUCUUCUACUACGGAACGGUCGUUUUCAAGGGUGCCGGCAUCCAGAACAGCUAUGUCACGCAGAUGAUUUUGGGCGGCGUCAACUUUGGCACUACCUUCUUAGGACUCUACCUGAUCGAGCACUACGGCCGUCGCCGGUCUCUCAUCGCCGGUGCUCUGUGGAUGUUUGUCUGCUUCAUAGUCUUCGCCUCGGUGGGCCACUUCUCUUUGAACCGUGACCACCCCGAGCAGACAAAGAGUGCUGGUGUAGCGAUGGUGGUCUUUGCCUGUCUGUUUAUCCUCGGCUUUGCUAGUACAUGGGGCCCAAUGGUAUGGACCAUUAUCGCUGAGCUGUUCCCCUCGCAGUACCGUGCCCGCGGCAUGUCCCUCGCCACUGCAUCCAACUGGCUGUGGAACUUCCUUCUGGCCUUCUUCACUCCCUUCAUUGUCAGUGCUAUUGACUUCCAGUUCGGAUACGUCUUUGCCGGAUGUCUUUUCCUGGCUGCGGGCCUGGUCUACUUCACGGUUAUCGAGGGCCAGGGCCGAACACUGGAAGAGAUUGAUACCAUGUAUCUCUUGAAGGUUAAGCCCUGGAAGAGUUCCAAGUUCCAGUUCCCUGCCGAUCCUAAUGUCAUUCGUGGUUCGUUUGACAAGGGACAAGCGCAGGGUUCCUCGGCUCAUGUCGCUGAUAUGGCGACUGGAGCAGGGGAGAAUGUGCCUACAAUUCCGGACUCCAACGCGGAGUAA